AUUACAUUCAAAACAGCGCAGGAAAGAAGAGCUCAAAGUCUCGCGAUAAUUCAGUCGUGUCCUUGGUCCCAAAGCAGAAAUGGGUUACUGGGAUCUAGAGGAGGGCAAAGACUGCGUCGAAAAAACAUGGAUCACCACAAAAUUAGCCACCGCCAUCGGGCUGGUUGGUUCUGCCUAUCACAUAGUGGCAUAUCAGCCUGAGACAGCUCUUGAGGCUUUGACCAGAGCAACAUCAGGCACUGCCACCAUGGCUGCCAUGGGUGCCAUCUUUGGGAUGGCCACUUGUCUUAGCGCGCAGGCCAGAGAUACACCUGAUGACCCAACUAACUAUUUCAUUGGUGGAUGUGCUUCGGGUAUUUUCCUCGGUGCACGGACACACAGUGCUAUCACAGGUACCACAGCAUGUUUGGGGUUGGGAACUGUGGCUAUGCUCACCAAGGUUGGAAAAAUGGAGGGCUGGAGACUAUCAGGACCCCCAAAGCUGUGAUUGCUAAUAUGUACCCAGUAUUUGAUGUGUUUAUAUUGUAUAUUGCUUAAAUAAAUGUAUUAAAAAUACAAAUGAAA